AUGAGUGAUAGUGAUGACGAUUUGUUGGCCCUUGCCGGAAUGGGCUCCGAGGGAGAGGAAAGCGAUUACGAGCCAACGUUGCAGACCACUUCGCGGACAAGCGGGCUCAAGCGCAAGACCGUGGACGACGACGAGGACGACGAGGACGACGAAUCCAAACAAGACCCGUAUCCGUUGGAGGGCAAGUUCAAAGAUGAGGAGGACAAGGCUGCGUUGUUGAGCAUGGACGAGGUCACCAGAGAACAGGUCCUGUACGAUCGUGAACAGGAGAGAGAAAAGUACCGUGAGAGACGGUAUCUUGCUUUGAGGGCAAGGCAAAGCCAGGCCGAGUCGAGCGCCCUCAAGACGGCAGAGCCCACGGGGAAAAAAUUGCGUACUAGCAAGCUACACGAGUUGAAGAAACAGAGAGAAAAGAAGACCAGAAAGACACAGAGAGCAGACUCCGAGGACGAAGAUAUGGAGGACACUAUGGCUGCUGAAGAAGACGAGGAGGACGAUUACGAGGAAGGAUACUACUCUGACGAGGUGGAAUCUCGUCAAAGAAAAUCGCACACUAGUGAUUACGACGACAAGUACUACCAGGACGCUACUUUGAAGGACGUUAAUAGCAAAGUGCGUUCGAGUCGGACGAUUUUGUCACGGUUCCUGUUUAGAGACGAGUUUGACCAGGUGAUCAGAAACACGUUUGUCCGGGUCAAUGUUGGUGUUUCCAGAGAAACAGGACAGUCGCAGUACAGAAUGGCCAAGAUCGAGGAGGUGAAACGCGGCGGAAAGCCAUACCAUUUGUUGAACAAGCCGUGCGACACGUACUUGGUUGUUUCGCAAGGAGAUUCCAAGAAACUUAUCGAUAUGAAGUGUCUUUCCGACUCGCCAAUCAGUCCGAGCGAGUUCGAGUCGUACAAGAGACGGCUCGAGGACUCCAGUUUGGAGCUGCCGUCGCUGGGCGAUGUGGACGCCAAGUUCAGAGAACUCAGAGACAUGUCCACCCGAAAACUGACUGACGAGGAUAUCAACAAGAUGGUUGCACGUAAAGAGGCCAUUUCCGUGGCCACGAUGGACUCGGGUAACAGAGUCAAGAGACUCGCCAGGUUGAGAGAAGAGUUGCAGGUUGCUGUUGAAAGAGAGGAUCUGGGCAAUGUGGAGCGUUUGACCAAACAGAUCGACGAGCUGUCCAAGUACGUUCAUGCGGACUCGGGAGAGCUUUCGAGAAUGGACAAGAUCAACCUGCGUAACAAGAAGACCAACGAGACCGCCAUCAGAAGAGCAGAGAAGAAGAACGUCGAGAGUAGACAGAAACAGCUGCUCAGCAACAACUUCAACGAUCCGUUUUCCAGACUCAGAACCAACCCAAAGAUCUUUUACACUUCUGCACAGUCUGCGCAAAAGGAAAUUGCUGACGAACAGAAACCUACAGAGGAUACAAAAGAGGACGCGGAACAAGCUGCAAGAAGCAGUCUUUUUAUGACAAACGGAAUCGAUUCCGUGAUCAAGGAGGUGACGUUUGAUUUCAAGCUGGAAGUCUGA